AGAGAGCCUAAUUUAACACUGUUGUUACUUAACUCACGCGCUAUGAGCGUAGCUGUUUUUAUCGAUGGCACUGAUGCGAAACAAGUUACUGAGCUAAAAAGAUUUCUUAAGAGUUAUGGGGCCAAAGUGCUUGAUAACUCUGAGUGUACAGAUGCUAACUGGCCAGACGAGCUGAUUAAAUGCCUUAAACACAUCGACAUCUGUUGGAAAGACGAAUCUAUUGCUGAAGCUGAUGUCAAUGAUGUUUUAGCAAGUGUUGCCUCUAUUUUUAUCCAACUUCCACCUGAUAAAUUAAUUGAUGCCGUUCAUCUUUUUUGCGAAAAGUUACGUGAUUUUUCUGGUGAUAACACACGAAGACAUAGGAGCAAACUUUUCCCACUGAACCUUCUGUUUUGUGGACUUAAUCCCAAAAGUCAUCCCCGUUAUGAAAUAUAUCUUACUCUAAUUGAAUGUGCCGAAAAAAUGGGCGUUCUAAAUGAAGUGAUAACUGCACCAAAAAAAGUUGGCUUAGCUUUUCAUAUUUCAUAGUUUUUAGGUUGCUUAUUGGCUAAGUGAAUGUGAUUGCACAGUUGAGGAAUGCCAGAAAGUAUGGCAGAAGCUGUAUGAUGCACAUACUUCACUGGGUGAAAGUCGAAAAGCUAUUGAAGCCAUGAUAUAUCUCCUCUCAACCUACAAUGAACUAACUGCUAUGAAUGCCCGGCAAAAUGCAAUAAAAUGCAUCAUAUCUGUGUUGCAAGAUCCAUCUUUAUUAUCUCAUGAUCAAUUGUACGCUCUUAAACCAGUUCAAUAUCUGGAAGGUGAACCUGUUCAUGAUUUCUUCAAGAUAUUUGUCUCUGGAGAUCUGAAUACAUUCAGAAACUUCCUAACUAAACAUCCAAACUUUUUAAGUCAGAAUAAUCUAUCUGAAGAAGCUUGUAUUCACAAACUCCGACUUCUGACGUUAAUGCAGUUGUCUGAGAAUGUGAAUGAACUUAGUUAUCAAGAUGCAGCUGCUCAGUUGAAUCUCAAGAUUGAAGAGCUGGAGCCAUUUAUAAUAGAAGCUGUGCGCCAGAGAGCUGUUGCAUGUAAAUUAGAUCAAGUUCAAAAGAAAAUCCUAAUCACCGGAGCGUUUCCACGUACAUUUGGUCGACCUCAAUGGGUUAACUUACAUGAUACAUUGGUACAAUGGCGAUCUCAUCUUGGUACUGUACAAUCUAGUUUAAGUAUGAUGAUUCAAAAUGAAUCUUCUUAAAUAAUUAUACCUAACCCAGUAGAAAAAGAGAGUUUUUGUGCCUUGGUUUUUAAUUUUUCUUAUCACUUUCGUUCAUGGGGAUAUUUUUAAUUGGUGUUAUGAAAUCGUAUUUUAUUUAAA